AUCAUUCCUUCCUCACUCGUCAUUCAGUGAACAUACAAUGGCCUUCUUCAAAGUGUGCGUGACAUUAGCUGUAGUGGGUUUGGCGUGUGCUUCACCAGCCAAACAUUCCUUGUUUUCCAACAUGGACGAAACGAGGUCUUUGUGUGCAGAAGACGACCCCAUCGCCUGCUUGAAGCUUAAAGCCAUCACCUUCUUGGAUACCAUUCUCUCGAAGGACAACUUCCAAAUGGAAAAUGUGGAAGUCAACAAGAAUAGUUACAGAUCCAACGAAAUUACAAGCAGAGGUGACGCAUCCAUUGAAGAUCAUGUCGAGGAAUACAUCAAAGGUCAUGAUGCUACUUUCAAACUCCCCGUGGUAGGAGCUGUAACUGUUGAAGCCAGGAAUUUGGAUAACGACGAAAUCAACUUCAAAGUCAACUACAACAACGGUGUGCAAGAAGCCCGUAAAUCCAAGCUGAAGAAGAUCUUCAUCCCCAUCCUGGUCUUCGUUCUUCUCAAAGCCAUGACUUUGGUACCUCUGGCUCUCGGGGUCUUGGGUCUGAAGGCCUGGAACGCCCUUCAACUGUCCUUCCUCUCCUUCGUGGUUUCCGUUGGCUUGGCCAUCUUCCAGCUGUGCAAGAAGAUCGCCGCUGAUAGCGCGCACCCACAGAUCUCCGCCCACGGUCCUUGGGAAGCCCAGGCUUACGCCAGCCAGUACAGGUCCUUGGAUGGUGCCCAGGAUAUGGCCUAUUCCGCAUACGCCCCACAAUAGAAAGAAAUAGAAGACUUGUAUUUAUUUAUUUAUGAUUUUUUGUUAUUUAUUAAGUAAAUAAAUUUUAAAAUUGAAAUUAA